AUGAGCAAAUUAGAUAGAGUUAGAGAAUUGACUUACGCUGACGUCCCCAAGGCCGCUAAGAACCUUCAGGAGUCCUUCUCCGAAGACGCCUUGGCCAGGCUUCUCACCAACCACAUCAAAGACCCGGAGAAGAAGUACAAGAUCGACAUCUUGCUUUAUGAGGCCUACCUUAGACAACACAUAGCUAAAGGCGUUUGCCUUGGUAUUGGAGAGACCUCCGAUGGCUUCGAGACCGUGGCCGUCUGGUCUACACCUUCUUCAGUGGCUGAUGGCUUAGAGAGCUUCCAUACCUUGAUGGCAUCUGGAUACGGCAAGCUAUGGGAACACGCUGAACCAGAGGGCCAGGAGAAGAUUUUUGAGGGCAUGUUGCCCCUUUUGCACGACACAAGCGCCAGGAUAUUUGCUACUGAUAAGAGAUUCAGAGGCAAGGGCGUCUACACAUUGGUAUACUUGGGCUCUGUGGCCUCUGCCAGAGGAAAGGGUAAUGUCAGAACGAUGUUCGACUACAUGUUCCAGAAAUACAUCGAUGUGCCCAACUCGAACAACAUUGCAUACUUGGAAAGCUCGUCUCCUGACAACAUUCCAAUCUACAACCGCUUCGGCUUCCAUUUCUACAAGGAUAUCACCUUGGGAGACAAGGAUAAGCCAAACGCCAAGGAAGGCGAUGAUUACGCUGUCAUGAACGUCAUGGUCAGAGGCUCUUUCGGCAAGGACUGGACGGGCUCUGCCACCCCGGAUUCUUUGCACAAAUUAUAA